CACUUUGCCCCACACACACGCCCACGCCCACCCCUCGUCGCCUCGCCUCCUCUCGAUUUCGCCGGCGGCGGCGGCAGCGGCAGCAACCGCCUCCGCCUCGCCGCCGGCGGGGGGGCCCCCGCGCGCGCGGGCGGGCGCGAUGUACGGCAACGACAACUGGAUCAACAGCUACCUGGAUGCCAUCCUCGACGCCGGCAAGGGCGCCGCCGCCUCGGCCUCGGCCUCGGCGGUGGGUGGGGGAGGCGGAGCGGGGGACCGCCCCUCGCUCCUCCUCCGCGAGCGCGGCCACUUCUCCCCCGCGCGGUACUUCGUCGAGGAGGUCAUCACCGGCUACGACGAGACCGACCUCUACAAGACAUGGCUCCGCGCGAACGCGAUGCGGAGCCCGCAGGAGAAGAACACGAGGCUGGAGAACAUGACGUGGAGGAUCUGGAACCUCGCCAGGAAGAAGAAGGAGGGUUUGAGAGGAGUGCGAUGUGAGUCAUCAAAAAUAUCCAGAACCAUGCAUUUUAUCAGAAGAGAAGAUUUUACCAUAGGUCCCCUGUUUUUUCCCUUCAUUUUGCACAGCAAACACACACAUUCUGAUUUCUUUGCUCAGUUGGAGAAGGAGGAAGCCAAUCGCUUGUUGAAACGCCGUCUAGAGACAGAGAGGCCACGGGUUGAGACUACUUCAGAUAUGUCGGAAGAUCUCUUUGAAGGUGAGAAGGGAGAGGAUGCUGGUGAUCCUUCUGUUGCCUAUGGUGACAGCACAACUGGGAACACACCUAGGAUCAGUUCAGUUGACAAGCUGUACAUAGUGUUGAUCAGCCUUCAUGGCCUGGUCCGUGGUGAGAACAUGGAGCUUGGCCGUGAUUCAGAUACUGGCGGACAGGUCAAGUAUGUUGUGGAACUUGCUAAAGCAUUGAGCUCAUGUCCUGGAGUUUACCGGGUUGAUCUUUUUACAAGACAGAUCUUAGCGCCAAAUUUUGAUCGUAGCUAUGGUGAACCAGUGGAACCUUUGGCAUCAACAAGCUUCAAGAAUUUUAAGCAGGAAAGAGGAGAGAAUAGUGGUGCAUAUAUCAUCCGAAUACCAUUUGGACCAAAAGACAAAUAUCUAGCUAAGGAACAUCUCUGGCCUUUCAUUCAAGAAUUUGUUGAUGGCGCCCUCAGUCAUAUAGUGAAGAUGUCAAGGGCCAUAGGUGAAGAAAUCAGCUGUGGGCAUCCGGCGUGGCCUGCUGUGAUUCAUGGUCAUUAUGCUAGUGCAGGAGUUGCUGCUGCUCUACUGUCAGGAGCACUUAAUGUUCCCAUGGUCUUUACAGGGCAUUUUCUUGGGAAAGAUAAGUUGGAAGAGCUUCUCAAGCAAGGGAGACAGACAAGGGAGCAAAUAAACAUGACAUACAAAAUAAUGUGUAGAAUUGAGGCAGAGGAGUUGGCUCUUGAUGCAUCUGAAAUAGUUAUAGCAAGCACUAGGCAAGAGAUAGAAGAGCAAUGGAAUUUGUAUGACGGUUUUGAGGUCAUACUUGCAAGGAAACUCCGUGCAAGAGUCAAGCGUGGUGCUAACUGCUAUGGUCGCUAUAUGCCUCGUAUGGUUAUCAUUCCCCCAGGUGUUGAAUUUGGCCAUAUGAUUCAUGACUUCGAUAUGGAUGGUGAGGAAGACGGUCCAUCCCCAGCCUCUGAAGAUCCAUCUAUUUGGUCCGAGAUAAUGCGGUUCUUUACAAACCCUAGGAAACCUAUGAUUCUGGCAGUUGCUCGCCCUUAUCCUGAAAAGAAUAUUACUACUCUUGUGAAGGCGUUUGGUGAGUGCCGACCACUGAGGGAGCUUGCUAAUCUAACAUUGAUAAUGGGAAACCGUGAGGCUAUUUCCAAGAUGCAUAAUAUGAGUGCAGCUGUUUUGACAUCAGUACUUACAUUGAUUGAUGAAUAUGAUUUGUAUGGUCAAGUGGCAUACCCAAAGCGUCACAAACACUCGGAAGUUCCUGAUAUUUACCGUUUAGCAGUGAGAACAAAGGGUGCUUUUGUAAAUGUGCCUUACUUUGAACAGUUCGGUGUCACCUUGAUAGAGGCUGCCAUGCAUGGUUUGCCUGUAAUUGCAACAAAAAAUGGAGCUCCUGUUGAAAUUCACCAGGUGCUGGACAAUGGUCUCCUUGUUGAUCCCCAUGAUCAGCAUGCAAUUGCAGAUGCACUCUAUAAACUCCUUUCUGAAAAACAACUUUGGUCAAAAUGCCGAGAGAAUGGGCUGAAAAAUAUACAUCAGUUUUCUUGGCCUGAACAUUGCAAGAAUUACUUGUCAAGGAUAUCAACUCUUGGCCCAAGGCAUCCUGCUUUUGCAAGCAAUGAAGACCGGAUUAAGGCACCUAUUAAGGGAAGGAAGCAUGUCACUGUUAUUGCUGUAGAUUCUGUCAGUAAGGAAGAUCUGAUUCGCAUUGUCAGAAAUUCUAUCGAGGCUGCACGUAAAGAAAAUUUGUCAGGAUCGACAGGUUUUGUGUUGUCAACUUCCCUGACAAUAGGGGAGAUACAUUCUCUAUUAAUGUCUGCUGGCAUGCUUCCUACUGAUUUCGAUGCUUUCAUAUGCAAUAGUGGAAGUGAUUUGUAUUAUCCUUCAUGUACUGGUGAUACACCAAGCAACUCCCGUGUUACAUUUGCAUUAGAUCGUAGUUACCAAUCACAUAUAGAGUAUCAUUGGGGAGGAGAAGGUUUAAGGAAAUAUCUAGUGAAGUGGGCUUCUUCCGUGGUAGAAAGAAGAGGGAGGAUUGAAAAACAAGUUAUCUUCGAAGAUCCAGAGCACUCUUCAACAUACUGUCUUGCAUUUAAAGUGGUCAAUCCAAAUCAUUUACCUCCUUUAAAGGAGCUGCAAAAGUUGAUGAGAAUUCAGUCACUCCGUUGUCACGCUCUGUAUAACCAUGGUGCUACCAGACUAUCUGUAAUUCCAAUCCACGCAUCACGGUCUAAGGCUCUAAGGUACUUAUCUGUUCGCUGGGGCAUAGAGUUGCAAAAUGUGGUGGUUCUUGUUGGUGAAACUGGUGAUUCAGAUUACGAAGAAUUGUUUGGAGGUCUUCAUAAGACGGUCAUCCUUAAGGGUGAAUUCAACACAUCUGCAAAUAGAAUCCAUUCUGUUAGGCGGUAUCCUUUACAAGAUGUUGUUGCACUUGAUAGCCCAAACAUCAUUGGAAUUGAGGGUUAUGGCACUGAUGACAUGAGGUCUGCUCUGAAACAACUGGAUAUACGGGCACAGUGACACCAAGCCCCCAUCUGUUUAUCAUUAAUAUAUGAAGAAAACCAGUGGACGAUACAAAGACAGCAAACAAACACUAGCAUUUCCAUACUUGAUGGAGAUGCCGAUUUUGCCAUGUAAGUCAUGUAGUUUAUGUGUGUGGUCCUUGAGCUGUGAAUAGCAUUCCGAAAUCUCAUCCCAUUGAGAUUUUGGUAUGUGGCAAUUUUGGAGUAAAAAUCGAUUCCAUCCAGGAAUACGGACAAAAGAAAUUGGUUACAAUGUUGAUAAUGAAAAACAUGUUAAGGAAGCAUUAAUUCAGCAAGAAAAGCUUCCAAAAUCACUACAAUUCUUGGCCAAGCUUGCAAUUUCCCUUUUUUUGAAGUGGAAGCUUAUGUUGUGUGUUUACUGCUGGGUGGACCAUAUGGCCCUGGCAGCCCUUCUUUACUAUGUUUACUCCAGGAGGGCUGCCUAGCUUUCGUGUAAGUAUUGUUUGACACGAUGGUUCAUUCUAUAUAUCCAAAGUUUUGUUGAGAUCAAUGCAUUUUUGUUGUUUGUCCUUGGAUGGGCAAAGAUUAGUACUACCAUCUAGUUGAUGUUUAUCUGCCAUAACAGUUUCUAACUUCUUUUUUACUGAGAAA